ACCAGGCGCCAGAAAGGGAGAGGUCAGGUCGGAGUUGGGGUCAGCUCUGCAAGCAGCCUCAUCCAGCUGCCGAGCCAGGCUUUCAGCCCGCAGACGACUGAGCCACAGGUGGUUUGUGGGCAGAGCAGACCCUUUGGCACGAAAUCCCAGAGCCCUAGAGAGAGGAGGUGGAGAAGUCCAAGUGCCAAGUGUGACCCCUCUGUUGGGGAAAGCAGGAUCAUCUGUUCCCAGCCAUGACGCAGGCAAGGACCCUGGUCAUGCUGUGGGCUCUGGCAGGCUCGGCCCUGUUGCUGGUUGUGUCAGCAAACCAGCAGCAGUACGAAAGGUUUCUUCUCCAACACGUCCAUUGCAAUCCCAGGGGCCGGGACGACGCUUACUGCAACAGACAAAUGCGCUACAUGCUGAGGGAGGACCGGAGGCGGGACCCCAACCCAGGGAAGAAAAUCUGCAAGGAAAUAAACACCUUCAUCCAUGAGACAAAAGAUGCCAUCAGGGCCGUGUGCCAAGGAGGGGGCAGUGAGUAUGUGACGAGGAGCGGCCAAGUCAUGCAUAGAAGCUUCUCGAGCUUCCAGGUCACAACCUGCAGGUUUCACGGCGGGAAGCCCCUUGAGAACUGCAGGUAUCGGGCCAGCCGUGACUCCAGGAGGAUCGUCAUUGCCUGUGACGAGGACAGGAACCCGGUGCAUUUCGAGGAGAGCCACAUCUGAGUGAGGGGGUGCGCCGGGAACAGGGCCUUCUGGCUCUCCCUAACCUGCUCCCGUCUCUCGUGGGGCUGGGGCCCCCCCACUGAAUUGUCCCAGUCACUUUCCAUAACUCUAAUUCUGUAUCACACAUCCCUUUUAAUUCUUUUCUUUGCUGGUGUGAGCAGAGGAGUGCACUGCUGGUCAUCCAUUACCCCAGGGAUGUGUGCUGUGUUCGCACUUGUCUGUGUAAGUGUGAGCCUUGGGGAGUGCAGCACUAGAAGGAGACGUGCCUUGCUGGGGAACAGCAAGAUGAGGGAAGGUGACUGGACUGGAUGCUGGUGUUUGAGGCAAAGUGCAAUGUCUGUCCCUGGCUACAAUAAAGAAGUAAUCAAAGCUAAAA